AUGGCUCAACCGGGGGGGAAAAGUAGCAAAGGCAACGCAAAGGCAGCUCCGAAGAGCUCGCCGAGUGGACGCCUAGACCCUAAAGGGGCGAUGAAUCUCCAGGGAAACGCGAGUGGACGUGGAAAGAAACCCAUCCGAGAUAUCACGAGAAACCCGCUUCUGGGGAUUGCCGUCGAGCCUGAAGUCGCCUGUGCCUUCGCUGUAGAGCCCCCGACAGUCCACAGUGCAACGGUCGUUCUCGUUCUCGACGAGGAGAGAGAUGCCAGCGGGAGUUCUGGAACACUCGAGACGCAGAACAUAGCGACACAGCUCCUCGCAUCUUUCGAGAAUUUACAACGAGUAAAGGGCCCGAAUCAGAGCGCACAGGCCGAUGAGGAGCUGCCUGACGUUGUCCUCCUCACUCUGGAAGACGUGUUUGAGUACGGCCGAGCCAAGAGUCUCCUGAUUCAAGAUCCAAAGGCGAAAUCCGGAUCUGAGAUGAAGGAAGAGGACUUUGCAAGGGCUCUAGCUCAAGCGCGCCUGGAGUAUUUGUCAGCGGUUGAAAGACGGCGCCUGAAUUCUUUAAAGAGGGCUAUAGAGAGCGAUGCGUUGCUGAAAGAGCAAACCUCUGCCUCUUCACCCCCCGGACCGUCCCUGCCUACGGGAGACCAGACAGGUCUCGCGAGCACCAAGCCCCAGCUGACGGGCAGCAAAUCGGCCCAGAAAAGUUCCCCAGUCUCCGACACGGCCACACUGAAAAAAAAUCAAGAUCUGCAGGAGACUGCCUUCUGCGAACAGUCUGGCGGUGAAGAGCCAAAGCGAGAAGAAAUGCGCGUCGAUCGCCUAGACGUCCUCUUUCUGCUCUUUGAAGUGCCUUGGAGCCAGGAGCUGUGCACCGCUCUAGCAGAGAAACAAGUUGGACUCGACUUGGUCUUAUUUCUGACGCAAAAAUCCGUGGAGGAGUUAAGAGAAGAAAGCGGUCUCAACAGCCUUCCAGCAGAACUGCAUCUCUUCUACGACGCCAUAAACCAAGCUCCGCCCGCCGCCUUCUCCAAUGUCGCCAUGGAAACAAUACCCAACGUUAAGCAAUACUUGGCUUCGGCAAAGCUUUGGUCUCGGGUGGCCUCUCAGAGUUUGAAAGUCGUGCAGCAGAAGGCGUCGUACGCUGCUUUUUUGUCGAGAGCGAAGCGCGUGGAAGCGAGCAAGUUCUUUCUUGAGCAUCCCCAGCUCGGCAGUCCAGCUGGAGACACUUCGCUUGCUGUACAGGCAGCUGGGUUUGUGAGUCUCACUGGAACCGAGACGGAUCGCGCAGAGAAGACCGCUCGCCGAGGAGCCGGGAAGAAGGAAGACGACGGGACAGAGGCGAGUCACGACGACGAAAAGAAAAAGAGAAAGAAGAAGGCAGGAAAGAAAGAGCAAGACGCCAGCGAGAAGGAGAAGACGGCGCAUUACGGCGGAAACACUCAGGGGUGCACAGGAGACGGCGGACUGACAGCGUCCACGCUCCCCGACGAGAACCGACGGGUGUAUGACGCGCUGUUCUCGUCCAUCGCUCCGGAGCACCACGACAGCGCUCUUUUUCUUCACUGUGUUCUCGAACAAGUCCACGAAAACGUCGCUGCACAAGUCAGAUCGCCAGCCCACGGCGAGGAAGAAAGCAGACCCAAAACCCCGCCAGCUGCCACAACAGAACAGGCUGCCGCGAGAGAGUCAAAUCCGCGGGCCGACGCGGAACCUUUCAAACACUCCGCAGUUGUGCCCUAUCGAGAUCGGGCGCGUCGAAGGCUGAGGGGACAGAAACUCGCCCAAGGAGGGGAAUCUCUCGAGGACAUUGCAGGUGAACUUUAUGGGACGGUUCGGGUGGUCCGUAGCGCCUUACCUCUACAAGCAUCCGCCCUAACCGUUCCUCCCUCCACACGAACAGCCUUGCUGUGCCGCGUGUACCCGUUCUUUCCUGAGGUUCCCCCGAAGCAUGUUGACCAUCUUUUGCUUCUCGCCGAAUUCGAACUUCUGCUCAAGUCUGUUGCGCCCGAGUCCCCGACGCCGGCUUUCCCCGCCACGCGCGUCUUCCACGAGAUUCUCACGCCGGCGCAGCUCCUCGACACACUCUGCCACGCCCUCCGAGACAGCGGCAUGUAUCUCGCGCAGCGUUACGUGCCUCGAUCGGAUACCCUCCUGCUGGCUCUCUAUCACCGGCCUUGCCCCGGCCGUGCGUUGUGGCACGGAUGGGAGUCUUUGGCGCUGGUGCCUGUGCCGAGUUUUUACGAGUUUCUUGGCCUUCGCCGAGCUGUCCGAACGGCGGACGAAGACGCGUGCAUGCCGGCGGCCCUCGCCGAGCUCGAUCGAGCGAGACACGGAAAUAUUCGCGGCACGGAGCAGAGCCUCAUGGCGCACGACGACGCAGUGAUCUGCGCGGUGUCGUACACCUCGGGGGCGAAGCGCGUCUUUGCCUUUCCCGACGUCGAGAAGCUGGAGUUUGAAGAACAGGUCAAGAGGCUGGACGCGAACCAGCGGCCGAAACAUCGGAAACACGCCGACGCACCGGGCCCUUCUGGCGGUCCCCCGUCCGAGCCUCGCUUUUUCCCUGAGCCGGUGCAUGCGUGGCGAGCAGUGAGCGUAACGCGCAUGCGGACGCACGCGACCUUCUUUCUGAGAGAAGACGAGCGCUUUGCCGAAGAGUGCGAAAAGUUGAGAGCCUUUCUCGAGGCAGGCGUGCAGAACAAACUUGCGCAGGUGGCUGCGCUCUCAGGCCCAAAUCUGGGAAAGGAAGCGGGAAAAGAGACCAGCAGUGGGGGCUCUGCUGGCCGCGAGAAGGAGCAGAAGGAGCGGGAGAAGGAACGAGAGAAAGAACGGGAGAAGGAACGAGAGAAGGAAAGAGAGAAGGAGAAGCCUGGGAUGGGGACCAGUUCGAAACAGGAGGCUGAGGAGACGCAGAGUUUGUGGCCACUGGUGGAAGAUGUCGAGCGCGCGAAACGGAACAUUUUCUGGCUCGAAACGGCCUCGGUGGCGAGUUUUGUGGCGCACUUCGAGGACCAGACUCGAGUGCACAUCUCGACGCACACAGCCGAGUUUGUCGACGCGGGUCGGAACGGCGGAGUCCUGGAGGAGGAAAUCAAAAAAGCGCGAGCGGCUGUAACCCUGACGUUUCCCACCGGUGAGUGCCGCAGGGCGUUUGCUGCUUAUCGCCGCCGAACGAAAGAGACCGAAAGCCCAAAAGUGGAGAGCGAAAGAGGCGCUUGA